AGGUUCAAUGGUCACCGCACAAUGAAACAAUACUUGCUAGUUCAGGUACUGACCGACGUCUUCAUGUUUGGGAUUUAAGCAAAAUUGGUAUUGAUCAGUCUCCUGAAGAUGCAGAUGAUGGUCCACCGGAAUUAUUAUUCAUACAUGCUGGGCAUACAGCAAAAAUUUCCGAUUUUUCAUGGAAUAUUAAUGACCCAUGGACUAUUUGUUCUGUUUCUGAGGAUAAUAUUUUACAAAUUUGGCAAAUGGCCGAAAAUAUAUACAAUGAUGACGAAAUAGAUUUGGGCAAUAUGGAGCUUGAACAGCAUCGUUAACUAUCUCUCUCUCUCUCACCAUUAUGUUAACCUCUUUGUU